GCACAAGAUCAUGGACUACAUCCGGUUCUCGCGCGCGCAGCCCGGAUACCAGGCCAACACGCGCCACUGCCUGUACGGGCUGGAUGCAGAUCUGAUCAUGCUCGGGCUUCUGAGCCACGAGCCGCACUUCUCGCUGCUGCGCGAGGAAGUUCUGUUUGGCGCGCGCGCGCGCAAGGGCACGACGUCGGCUGAUCCGUCGAUGCAGGCAUUCUAUCUUCUGCAUAUCUCGAUAUUGCGCGACUACCUCGACCAUGAGUUCAGCGGGCUCAAGGCUGAGCUGGGCAGCUCGCAGCAGUACACGACGAUGGAGCAGGGCCAGCUGGCGGGUCCCCAGGACGACAGCGGAGACAGCAGCAAUGCGUUCGAUCUCGAGCGCAUCAUUGACGACUACAUCCUGAUGAUCAUGCUGGUGGGUAACGAUUUUUUACCCAACCUGCCCAAGCUGUCGAUUAAUGGCGGCGCGCUCAACUUUAUGUUUGCGACAUACAUGCGCAUCCGCCCAUCACUCGGCGGGUACCUGCACGACAACGGUGUGCUCAAUCUUGAGCGAUUCGAGCUGUUUAUGCGCGAGGUGGCUAAGGUCGAGGUCGACUCGUUCAAGCUCGAGGUGGCCGACCACCAGUGGUACCAGGUGUACAAGCGCAAGGCAGUGCAGCGCGGUGAGACGCCCGAGGCGUCGAGCAUCGUGGUUGACAACGGGUACGGCGGCGCCAGGCGCCAUGGCAAAGGAGGCCACCGGCACAAGCGCCACGGGCUCGGCAUGAACACCGACAGGGUCAGCGAGAGCGAGAUGUUUGAUCUCGGGCCGGAGGUGCUAGGCGAGACGACGAUCCCAAUCAAGGGCAAUAAGCUUGUGAUCUCCAAGAGCCAGCAGGCGAUGCUGGAGCUGAUCCGGCGCUUUGCUGUGCGCGCACUACCCAAGGUGGCGGCAGCAGGCGAAAAGGUACAGAUGCAGUUUCUACCCGGGCCGGCGACGGCGCUGGACAACCUGAUUGUGACCAAGGCGGCGGAGCAGCUGGAGCUGCACGUCGGGCACGAGUACGCACACGACGGCGCGAUGACGCUGUACGUGGCGGCCGGCAGCGAGCGGGCACUUGCCAAACUGGAGCUCGAGGACAGCGAUUCGAACGACGACGACGCGGUGGUUCUCGGUGGUAUUGGGUUUGUGCGUGCCGGCGUGUCCGCAGCGACUCCCUACAGUGUCCUGGGCGCGCUUGAGGACACCGAUGACGGCAGCGGCAGCACCGGCUCCGAAGAUGGCGACAGGUCUGCGGUGCCCGAGUUUGUCAAGCAGGUCAGCGACACAGACGACCAGCCGGCAGUCGUCGCGUACGUGGGCGCGUGCCUGGGCGAGUUCGACGAUGCGGUGGUGGUUCCCGACGGCGAGCUGGACGACUACACGCGCAAGGGCGACAGCAGCGACUUUUGGCAGCGGUUCGAAAUGUGGAAGGGCGGGUACUACCGCGCUAAGGUCGACGCGUCCUACAACGUGCCGACAGUGGGGGCCAACGCCGGCGCGGCGCAGGAGUUCAGGCAGGCGCCGGCGGCCGUCGAGCCGAUGUGUAGCCACUACAUCAAGACAUUACAGUGGGUUCUGCAGUACUACUACCACGGGUGCCAGUCGUGGUCGUGGUACUACCCGUACCACUACGCGCCGUGCAUCAGCGACAUCUGCUCUGGGCUGGCAGCGUACAAGGUCGACACGUUCCCGCAUGACGAACCGUACACGCCGUACGAGCAGCUGAUGUGCGUGCUGCCGCCGUACAGUCGCAAGCUGCUGCCGGCGCCGCUGCGCGCGCUGAUGGUCGACAUGCACAGCCCGAUCCGUGAUAUGUUCCCGACGUCGUUUGACGUCGACAUGAAUGGAAAGAAGAUGCCAUGGGAGGCUGUGGUGCUGAUCAACUUUGUCGACGUCGACCGCAUCCGCGCGGCCAUGCUGCCCAAGCUAGCACAGCUGUCGGACGACGAGAUGCGUCGCAACAGCCGCGGCACCAACAUGACGUACUCGUACGCGCCGCUCAGCAGCGAGGCCGACGCUGAGGCCGACGCCGAGGCCGACGCCGAGGACGCGGUCGACGUGCCCUCGUACACGCCGCCUAGCAACCUGCGGUUCCCGCCGAUCCGGCCGCUGAGGUGCAAGGGCAUGCUGUACGUGCUGCCGACGCUGGUGCGCAAGGGCGGUCGCGAGCCGCCGCUGCCGCUGGUGCGCGGACUGGUCGCCGGCGCCGCCACACGCGCGCUGCUGCAGGCCGGGUUCCCGUCGCUAUUUUCGGCGGCGCACAUAGCGCGGCUCAUGUUCAACUCUACCGAGGUGUUCGGGUCGCCCAGCCGCGACGAGUCGCUGGUGGUUGAGCUGCAGCCGGGGCCGCUCGCGGCGGCCGGCACAGCAGCGGCUAUCGCCAAGCAGCUGCUGUGCGGCAGCGAUGCGGCACAGCGCGUGUUUGUUGCGUGGCCGUACCUGCGCGACGCAGUGGUUGUCGGCGUGUCGGACGUCGAUGGCGUGUAUACGGCCGACGCCAGCGGUGCGCACGUUGCGUUCGCCGAGCACGCGGGCGCCGGCGAGCGGCAGGUAUGGACCAAGCGCCUCAUGGACGCCGUGUACCACGCCAAAAAGAUGCAGGCCGUCAUUGUCGGCGAUGAGCCGCGUGUGUUGCUGCACGUGCUGCACCUGCGCGGGAUGCAGCUGCUGGCCGACGGCGCGCUGGUGCGCGACUACGGGCCCACGGCGGCUGCGAGCGCAAGCGCCGGGCUGGCGCAGUGGGCCGCGCUUGGCGUCGAGCCGUACCACGCAGCGCUCGUUGUGUGCGACAGCACUGGCGCCUGGGCGCGCAACCCGCGGUUCGCCGAGCGCGCGGCCGUGGCGCUGGACUCCGCGCUGCCGGUGCGCGACCGCAUCUUCUACCUGGGCCGCUCGCGCCACCUGUACGGCGCGCCCGGCAAGGUCACUGGCUACAGCCGCGACACCGCCGGCACAGCCAUCGGCGCGCACGUGCAGCUCAUUGAGCCGACCGACGCAACCGCAGAAGCGCGCGCCAACACCGCCGGUGUCACUGCGCUGGCGCACCACGCGCGGCUCGGCGGCGAGCGCUACCGGCCGUCGUUCGUGGUGGCGCGCGAGCUGGGGCUGCCGCCUUUGCUACUUUCGCGAAUCACAUCCAAGAUGAUGCUGCAACACGGCGACACGCGCAUACCCAUCGGGCUGGAUCUUAAGUUUGAGGCCAAGCGCCUCAAGGUGCCCGGCUACACGCGCCGCGGGCCCAACGGCUGGCUGUUCUCGGACCGCGCUGCGGCACUGGUCGCCAAGUACAAGGCGGCAUUCCCUAGUAUGUUUGCGCGCCUGGCCGCCGACCGUGGCAAUGACAUGAUGGCUGCGUCGCUCGCGCUAGGCGACGGCAGCGGAAAUGGCGGCGGCAGAAACUCUGCGCAGGUGGCCGCCGAGGUCAGCCGCCUGAAACAGUGGCACAAGGCCAAUGUCGACAGCGCAGCGCUGGCGCCGGUGCCUAUCGAGUCAGAGCUGCUGACUGGCGACCAGAUCGCUGCCAUUCUGGCCACUGCCACCACCAGCGCUGCGACGCGCAAAAUACCCCUGCGCAACGUGCGGCGCGAGGCGCUGCUGCGGCCGGCCGAUGCACAGUACCUGCUGUGUGCGCAGGCGCUGAUGGUUGGCCACCGCGUCGUGUACGUGUCAGAUCGCAGCAGCAGCGUGCCGCUUGGCGCCAAGGGCUACGUCGUCGCCAUCCACGCGCGCGAGGUGGCAGCAAACAGCCCACAGCAGCCGCAGCCGGUGGCCGGCGACCAGCACAUGGCGCGCAUGCACCAGGAGGGCGUGCCAGCCGAGAUGAUCCACAUGAUCGAGGUGGUCUUCGACCGCGAGUUCCUCGACGGGUCAACUCUGGACGAUCGCUGCCCGCCGCGCCGCGGUGCGCUGGUGCCCCCACACCACGUGCUGGACCUGACCAGCCAGGGCCUGGCGCAGUCGACUGCCCCGGCCACCGCCGCAGCGCCGCGCCCGGUCAACGUUAUCCGCCCUGCGCCCGACACCGUGCACAGCGCGCAGCGCGCCACUCGCGCCAACGCAUCUGCCGGUCAGACCGCCGCCGUCGCCGCCAAGGCGCGCGCGAUGUUUGCCCGGCCGACCGGCGUGCUGCCAGACGGCACCACUGCAGUGACCGUACCUGAGCCGCGGCGCGCGCCGUGGGCCAACGGUAGCGCCAAGGACCAGGAGGACCACGAGCACGCGAGCCGCAUCCUGGCGCAGCUUAUCAAUGGUCCCAAACCCGCCCGGCCGCAGCACGCACCGGCAGCCCCGUUGGGCGACCAGGCGCGCGCACAGAGCAUCAUCAGCACGCUGCUCGCGGGCCCGAUGGAGGCCAUGUCCAUCGGCAGCAGCCCCAAGGUCCACAAGCCACUUGUCAUCGAAGAGGAGUACUUCAGCGAUAGCAUGGAUGAGGACGAAGACGAGUCCAGCCAGGCCGCCCUGCAUGUUGCCAACCGCAGCGAGCACGCAGCGCCCGCCCAGGGUUACAACCAGGUCGGCUUUGACUACAGCGUGAUCAACUCGCGCGGCCGCGGAGGCCGGGGCGGCCGUGCCCGCGGCAGAGGAGCCAGGGGCCGUGGCAAUGCGCGCGGACGUGGACGCGGUGGCGCUAACGCUAACACCAACAGCGCCAGCCCUCAUAGCAACGCUUAAGGCGCGCCUGCAUCUACAUGUUUAUUUUUUUGACAUAGUAACUUAGUGCGAAUCUUAUUAUAAAAACUCGAUAAAACAAAAACUACACAAGUUGCUCACAAUAAUUC